AUGUUCUUUUCAACGACGAAAGUUCUUCCAUUAUUAAGCGCGUUCGCAGCGUCGAUCGUCGCUCAGGAUACAAAAACUACGGUGUUUCCGUUCUCCGGAAAUGGCUCCGUACUGGAAUCACCGAGCAGAGAAGAAUCUCCGCUACGACCGGAUAUGACGCGUUCGUCGGAGCUUGUCGCGUAUCAUCCCACCGUACCUGCCAAUAACUUUCUACCCGUGCCGUCGAGGAUGUUUAUUCAUCACAGGAGCGACAACGUGCUACCUUACGUGUACGAUCAUCCGCACUUCGCUUAUCCAGUAGCUCACUCGAACGAUUAUCCGCUUGGACCAUCCUCGAAGCAGCUCGUGAUCGUCAGCUUCAUCGGUUUGCUGUUACUCUUCGCGAUUAUUCAGAACACGAUCGUGAACGUAAAGCGCAGGGAGAUGUUGACAGACGUGUUGUCUGCCAGGAGAAAGCGAGAGCUCUAUGCUGCUUAUAAUUUCAAUUCGGUGACACCGGAACAGGAAGACGUUCUCAACGAGGACGCCAGGGUACAAUGCAUACAGAGGACCGUGUGCCUGGAGAAUCGAAAGCUCUUGAAGGCGUUCGGCGCUACCGGCAAGAUACUGGCCAAGUACUUAACACGAGGUGUGGAGAAAUCUCUGAAAUCGUCUUCCGGAUGGUUCCGUUUGGUCCGGGAUGCGGGGGAGGCUGGGAUUCGUGGCGAGGACUGCGAGGUGCUCUACAGACGCUGCGACGAGGAAGUCUCGUCGGGGAACGCGUGAACUAUAAAACCGACAAUGAAAACGUGUUACGUUAGAUGCAGGAAUAAAAUACGUAAUUACGAGAACGAGGGGGAAGAAGGCGUGAUCUUUUAUUAUUGUUCUUAGACAUUAUUUUCUUAACCCUGCGGAGAAUUCGCGGUUUUUCUGAGUGAUACAGUGACUUCGAUCUACUGUGCGACGUUUAUUCAUUGUUUUUAAUUAAAAUUGUGAAGAAUGUCUCGUUUUAUUAGAACAGAUACAAUUUGCGACUGGUAAAUGAGAUGUACGUAUAA